UACCAGAGAAUGUAAAGUACUCGACUCGUUUACAAAUUUAGUUUCGUGUCGGAUUCCUUCAGCUUUCGAUGUGACACUUCUGUUCUCUCUCGGUUCGCUUGUGAAAAAACAUAAAAGACAGAAUAUUUGCGAAAUUCACAUAACUUAAAUUUCCACAACCAUCACGUAAACAAAAAGUGAGACUAAAAAUAAAAUCUUCAACUUCAAACGCUGUUGUUACUAUAUCAAAAAGUUCUUUCAAUUCUACAAUAGUCCAAGCAAGAAAUAGUAAUUCUCAAUACAGUCGCAAAGUUGGCUAGUUGGAAAAGUUUAAUUGCUCAUUUUAAAGGGGCUAGAAUAACAGGGUGGUGUGCAAUUUAUUGUAUUACUACCAGCAAAAAUCAAUUCGCAUAUAAAACGAGUGUUUGCCGUGAGUGUGAGUGAAUGAAAAAGUUUUGAUAAAUAAAAAAGAGUGCGUGCAUUAAAUCGUAUGGCAAACGCCGCAACAAAAUUUAUCUGUGAACUCUCUCUCUCUAACACAAAUUUGCGCCCAAAUAUGGAGCGCGAGUUGUAAAGUGGUUUUAGUUUUUGGUGUUGGCGUUGUCGCCUGGUUCGUUAAUUGCCUAUUCGCAAGUUUAACAACACUUUGCAUGUCAAUUGGGGGAGCUACGUUUUGGCAAUAAAAUUCCAUUAGUCGCCACGUGUUUCACCAACUUUCAGUAAAGAUAUAACAGAAAAGAAAAAUAGGGGGUGUGAAAUACAGACCUCUAAAAUUAACGUAACACAAGAAAAUUGUAAAAGAACAACAAUUCCGUCUUUGCUACGGUUAGCGCCAAAGUAGCUGGAUUUACACUGUUUUACGCCGAAGGGAAUGGUAUAUUUCUUGGGGGAUUGGGGCAUGGGAGAUUCUGACUGUACGUCAUAUCAUCAACAUGUUCCAACAAUACAACAGACCACUUUGCAUGCCCACAGUCAUAGCCAACACCAGCACCAUCAUCAUCAACAACAACAACAACAACAGCAGCAGCAACAACAUGUACAGCAAAUUCACGUACAACAGCAGCAAAAUGAGCAGCAACGCCUCGAAUUGCAAUUACAAUUGCAACAACAGCAACAACAACAUAUUGGCGAAAUUGCACCUACAUUAGGUCAACUAUCGCCCAUUCAAUUUGGCAGCGGCACACCAGAUGCUACAAUAUUGCUGGGCAAUACUCUCGCAGCUGUACAACAACAACAGCAGCAACAUUUGUUAACUAACUCACCGCAACAUGUGGCGAGCAGCACUUUGGUUACAGCCAAUUUGCAGCAAUUGUCUGUGAGCAGUAACAGCCGCAGUGAUAGUCACUGUUCGACCCCAAUUAAGUCAACAGUGCUUGAUGCUUUUGAUAAUACCGCCUAUCAGCAAUUGCAGCAACAACCUACUCAACAGUUAAAACAGCAGCAAUCGUUGCCAACACAAGCACACCCGCUUGCCUCGGCGACAGCUGCUUUGCAUCAGUAUUUGGGUCGUCAACGUUCCGAUUCGUGUGCCGGUAAUGUUGGCAGCUGUACGAAUGCACCAUCCACGCCGGCAGCAGCAAAUACUUUCCUGCAGCCACAGCUGAGUAAGGAUCUUCUGGAAAGUGAAGAUGAAGUCGCACUGCAGCCGCUCUCCAAUCAGGUCGGUGGCCACACACGUCUUCUUCUGUUGAAUCAAUCCACUGUCAUAAAGCCAUUGAAUUUGCGUGAAUUGGACUUUUAUCAAAACAUUCCGCACGAUGUACAGAAGUUUGUGCCCAAAUACAAAGGUGUGAUGCAAGCGACCACAAUGGGCGGUGCGAAAUUGGAAAAACGGUACUCGCCGAGCUUCCGCGAGGAGCCGGUGCGUAAAAUGAGCACCACAAAGCGGAAACGAGAUGAUGUGCUAAGGAUGAAAGUUCAUAAGAAUGGAAAUGCUGCCGAUGUUAUAAAAAGUAUUUCGCAAUUAGACAACACAAAUAAGCAAUAUUUCCUUAUGCUCGAGAACAUCACUUCGCAAUUUCGUAAUCCAUGUAUUUUGGACUUGAAAAUGGGCACACGUCAGCAUGGUGAUGAUGCCUCGGCGGAGAAGCGCUGCAAACAAAUGGCCAAGUGUGCGGCUAGCACAUCGGCAUCGUUGGGCGUGCGCCUUUGUGGCAUGCAAACCUAUCAGGCGCAUAUCGAUCAAUAUGCCAAGCGCGACAAAUAUUGGGGACGCGAGUUGGAUGAGAGUGGCUUCAAGCAGGCUUUGCAUGACUUUUUCUACAAUGGCUAUCGAUUGCGUAUACGCGUUAUCAAGAAAAUUGUACAGCGCUUGCUACAAUUGCGUCGUGUAAUCGAAAAACAAUCCAGUUAUCGGUUCUACUCGUGUUCACUACUCAUUGUUUAUGAGGGCUAUGAGGAAAAUCCACAGGCUCAUCCCAUGGAUGUUGAGGAGUGGCUUACACCAACCACGCCGAAGUCAGCUACAAAGUCCGCUACUUUCGACUAUCAUCCUGAUAACAGUAUUGAUGAUGAUGACAUCGACGAUGACGAUGAAGAUGUAGUAGAUGCCGAUGAUGACACUGCCGGUCAUGAUGGUGGUGAUGAACUGGAGCCACACGAAACAGAGGAUGAUGACCUGCAUAUGGUUGCAGCGGAUAGCGGUAAUGCGUCAGCGACCAAUAGCAGCACCGGCGGUGAUCCAUGCUGUUAUGAUGCUGAUGCCUCGAAUGAUUCUACGAACGCAGCCGGUCUGAAUCUCCCUGCCACACGUCGCAAACGCGGUUUGACAGAGGCAACUCUGGAGAGAUCGCGUGGCUUCGCAGAUGUAGUAACACCAGUGCGCGGUUAUGAUGAGGACUCAGCUGCAUCAGCCACAGGUGUCAAUACUGUUAACGAUGCAGUAUCCAUGCCACCACCGUCAAUAGCAGGAUUAAGUACAGAUAGCAAUAAUGCUGUGUGCACCGGUGGCAGUAACAGUAAUCCGCCAUUCAUUCCAAUCUCCGAAGAAACAGUAUUUCUCGAUCCCGAGCCGCCAAUGCCAAGCGUUUCGACAUCUUCACCGCACUCGGGUGACUCUUGGAUGAACUAUAGUAGCAAUAGCAGUGAUGAUUUCUCCGGACUUUCUGAGCAAAUCAAAGCGGUCACCAGUGGUCGCCAAACGGGCGAUAACAGUUCCGACGAGGCCAGCUCUGAUUAUGAUAGCAGCAUAAUUGGUCAAACAGAGGUGAUGCUGAAACGUUACAAAUCUCAGCAAGAAUCCUUUGAUAUUUCACCUUUGACGCAAGCGACCGAAAUACCGCUUAUGUCAACAACAACAACGGCGCGUCUACCGCAUACGCUCGCCUCAUCUGCGUGCUCUACACCACCGUUGCCACCGGGAAGUGUUGGAAAACUAUCUGCAUCCGUUGCUAACUCUUCCCCCACCUCCUCGACUGCGUCCUCGCUGAAAUCAGUGCGCGGUGCAGUUAAACGUCUACGUUGCAAAGACGCCGACGAUGAGGAUGAAGUGACAGCCAGCGAUAAUAAAAAAGACGGUAUAUCGACGUCUUCGCAAGCGAAAAAAUCAACAACAACACUGAGUCUAAGCAGCGUAGUUACGGGCGCAGGGAGUAGCAGUAGUGCAGCACCAGUGUCGUCUACACCGACCUCCGUCAACGCAUCGCCGGUGAAAACGCCGCUCAUGACGCCGACCUCAACAACAUCCGGCAUUGAGAGCACAGUAGAUAAAAUCAAGAACACACUGCUCGCUGGCAUACAAGAGAUACACAAUACGAGCAGGAGCAACAAUGUAAGCAAAAAGAAGGCUACAGCGACGCGGCUGACUUUACAACAUGCCUCCAAAUCCCUGGAUAUCGCAGGCUGUCAAGCAUCCGCAACUACCGAAGAUGCACGAUGCCUUGUAGAUGUGCGUCUCAUUGACUUUGCGCACACGGCAUUCGUGCCGCGCAACGGUGGCGGAUUGCUGCAGCAGGCAACCUCCAGCACUCCCGUACAUCAUGGACCAGAUGGUGGUUUUCUAACGGGGCUAGACAGCUUAAAUCGCUUACUCAACGAUAUUCUUACCGAAGAGGUUUGCGUAUAAGCGUGCUGUGCACGCAUAAAACUGCGUGCAACAUUCAAUUGGUGUACGAGCACCUCCACAUGCUGAAAAAGUGCAAGCAAAACGCCAGAAGUUUGAAAAACGCUUCGAGCGCAGACCUUACGCGUAUCUAUUUCACACACUGAAAUAUAAAUCCACCAACAAUUACAAAUACAACGUAGAGGUAUACUUGUGGCAGCACCGCAACCAGCCCAGACAAAACUAGCCCUCCACAAGCCCCCACCAUUGCACAAUUGACUGAGUAUGCGGCGUGAAUGAAAAUUUUUGGAAAAACAAAAGCAGCGAAACGUGUGUGAUCGCCAGAUAGGAGCGCUUGAACAACUAAAUUUAAGUGUAAAAUAGAAAUUAAUAACUACAAAUGAUAGGAAAAAUGUUUAUGGAGUAAUUGGAAUUUGAGAACCGUGCAACCGAGAGAGAAAUAGAGUGAAAGGAAGUGAAAACUGAAGUGACGCGCACAGCGUUUGGCAGCAAUACAUACACGUAAUUAAGCUUUUUUAAAUUAACUAUUUUAAAGUGCUAUUUGCGUAGGGGCAUGUUAUGAGGGCAAAUAAACAAAAAUCGUAAAAAAUUCGAAAACAUAAUUCAAAAAAAAUUAAAUUGUUUGUAAAAAGGCUACUUAUUGACAACGUUUAAAUUUUUAUAAAAUCAUAUUAACAAAAACAGUAAUAAUAGCAACAAGAAGAGAUUAUAAACGUAUAAUUUGGAACCGUUUUAAGCAAAAAUUAAAAAGAAACACACAUGUAUAUCUGAAAAAUUAAAUUUUUUAAUAACCAAAUUUUUACCAUUUGCACUAAAAGAUAUGCAAAAUAACAUCAUUAAAUAUGAUUAAAAAGUUUCAAAAACCAAACAUUGACAAAUGCAAUUAAUCGGCAAAAUUAAAUACUUGCAAAAAUUUGCGCUGCAAUAAAAUUUACUGUCGGCUGAACUUAUGCAAACUUAUUUUCCGCAGAGUAAAUUAUUAAUGCAGAAUUGAUAGAAUAUGAAAUGAAAUUGGAUUUCGUAAAAAGAGGAGUUUUUCAUUAUGAAACCUUUGUACAUUGAGCAUUAUUUGUUUAGCGAUGAUUUCGCUAAACUAAAAUUGCAGUUAACUGUCAAAAUGUACCAUGUCAUUUGAUUAACUAACAACAAGCAAUGAUUGUUGUCAACAAACAAUUGUGAAGUAACAUACCUUGCACAAUAAAUGUCUUCCCCUGCAAAUCGAAAAUGAUGUAGAAUAUCAAAUGUUUUCAAUGGUACACAAGAAAGUGAAUAUUGUGCAAAAUUAAGAACUUUGAGCAUUACUUAGUGCAGUAAUUCUUUUUUAAAAAUCAGUUGCUGAUCGAAACUUGGAUCAGCACUUCAUGCAUAAAUAUUUUUGCAUUACAAAAAAGAUAUGAAAAAGUAAGUCGUAAAUGUUCAGAUAAAAACAAUACGUCUCUGCUGAGCAUAAAAGCAUAUACAUACAUAGUAACAUAAAUUCAAAUACAUUCUAAUUAGUGGGCACUAAGUUUACUUUGAAAUUAUUAUUAUAUGUACAUUUUAAAUUUUAAAACCGAAAAUUCAACAAUUGAAGAAGUUUCUAAAUUGACACUGGGUUUUUCUUUUACUAUGCCACCUCUCAUAUGCAGAACCGAAAAUCUUAAUAAACAUAAAAAAAUAAUUAAUAUAUGUAUAAUAUCUCAUGAAAUGAAUGCUUAAAUGAAAAAAUUUUGAAGCUAAAAAAGUUAAACUCAAUUCAUUUUGGAAGGUCCACGUUCAGACGAAGCUUUCAAUAAAUGAGAUCAACAAAUGAUAAAAACAAAUAAAAAUUUUAAAUGAAAUAUGAAUAAAUAAAAUUAUAUACAAAAAUAAAAUAUACAUACAAAAUUAAAUGAAACAAAAUAAUUUAUAACAUGAUAAUUUGUUCAGAUUUAAAACUUAAUUGAAAACCAAGUGAAAUAUAACAAAAACAAAUGCAUCAACAAAAAACUGAGCCUAUAAUAAUAAUUAAUUGAUAAUAGUUAAUAUAAUAUUAUAAAAGUAAUGCAAUACAUGAAUGAUUUAUAAUAAAUAAAAUGAAAUAAAUCAGGCUAUAUAUGCAUAUAAUAUACAUUCAAUAAAAACAAAAAAAUUAAACAGAUGAAAUAUUAAAUAUUCACUAAACAAAGUUUAGGGAUGUUUCCUGCUUUUUUAGUUAAUUCUGGUAAAGACCGAUCUCAGUUUGAAAAAUGUUCAUUGCGCUAUUAUAUAGCCGAAUAAAAUAAUUUCGAAAAAUGAAUUAUAAAUGUUUAAAAGUAAUAAAAGUAUAUUUUUUCGUUUUUAAUAGAUUUUUUUUUGACACAAACAUCCCUUAAACUUUAAAAAUAAAAUCAAUAAAAAAGAAACGAAAUAUUCACAAAAAUAAACAAAAUAAAACCAUCUUUACAUAGUCCUCAUUAUAACAACAAAACAAAAUUUAAAAAUACUGAAUAUAUUAACGUACCCUGCAUAUAAACAAAGCAAACAAGUUUAAAAAACAACACUUUAUUUUAUACGAUUUUAAACUUGCUGUUUGUUAAUAAACAAUAUCAAGUGUAAUUUAUUUUUUACAGCUAAUUGUAUGACAAAUUUUACUAAAAGCAAAUAUAUAAUUUUAAAAGAAAACUUCGUAAGGUUUACCAUUAAGCAUUCAAAGCGCAACACAGUAUUUUUGCUUACAACCCCAGAAAUAAAAAAAAAAAUAGUAAUAAAAAA